GCGGCAGCGGGGGCGGGGCGCGGCGGCGGGGUUGCUGCGCGGCGGCGGCGGCGGCGGCGGGGCGCUGAUGGCGGUGCGGCGGGCGCUGGCGCUGCGCCUGGCCUACGCGGCGGCCGGCGCCCUCAUGGGCUUCUCGGCCUUCUUCGCCUGGAGCCUGGCGCCCGCCUUCCGGCAGCCGGCCACGGCCGCCGCGGGGGGGCUCUCGGGUGUUCUGGCGCUCUGGGCCCUAAUCACGCAUGUGAUGUAUGUGCAGGAUUACUGGAGGACCUGGUUAAAAGGGCUGAGAUUCUUCCUCUUCAUCGGGAUCCUCUUCUCAGCUCUCUCCGUGGUGGGAUUCUGCACAUUCCUUGUUCUGGCCAUCACCAAGCACCAGUCCCUGACUGAUCCCAGAAGCUACUACCUGUCCUGUGUCUGGAGUUUCAUGUCCUUGAAAUGGGCCUUCCUGCUCAGUUUGUAUGCUUACCGGUACAGGAAUGAGUUUGCGGACAUCAGUAUCCUCAGUGACUUCUAAUGCUUGGACUUCAACCCUGUCCGAAGGUGCUGAACGUUUGAAUUGGCCCCCAAAGGCAUGGUACAUGCAAGAGGCGGAGCAGGAACCCACCCAGUGCUGCUUGGUUUGUCUGUCUGCAGUAGGGGUUUUUUCCUAAUUGCUUUUAUUCAAACAUUUAAAGUUUGGCUAAUUAUGUCAAUCUAGUCUUUCUGUAACUUUCCUGGGAGUCCAUGUGUCUGGUGGUGAGUUGAAAGACUCCAUCUGCACGGCAAGCCUAGAGUCACUCUUUGCGUUGCCCUGUUGCUAAAGCCCAGGGAAGCUUUGAGGUGGGGAGGAAGCUCUGUCCCCAGCAGAAGCUGUAAUUUGUACCUUGCAGAUGCAGCACCUGGAUGUUUUGUCCUAGCGAAUGAAUCACCAGCUUGCUCCAGGUGGGUGCCCCAGAUGUGUGUAGCAAAAAACCCCACUGGGUGAAGGUCAGUUCCUCUUGCACCGCUCUGUUCCUCACAGAGAAAGGGAGAGAUGACUCUUCUUUUGUGGUAGGAAGUCUCUUAAGUAUCUUCCAGCCAGUACCCCCUAUCUUUUAGUAUUUUCUUUUUACACAUUCAGCUGAGAAUAAUACUCUCUCCUGUGGUCCAGACCAUGUGUUACUCUGAGCCCCAGGGGACAGGCUAGCAGCAGAGAAGCAUCAGUCAUCUCAGGGCUCUGUCAGAGAUGGAGAAUGCUGAUGGACAAAUCCAGUGCUGGAGGCAAACGUUAGCUGAGCCUGUCGGGGUUGCAUUACGCUAGCUGCUAAUGCACGGUCAUUUAAACUUAAUACAAUAUCUAAUACAGUGCUUAAUAUGAUACUCUGUGUGAAUCUGUGAUGAAUACAGUAUUUAAUGCUGAAAUUUGUGGCAAGUAGUCAGGCAUUUGGGUGGAAGAUGUGCUGGGGUAAGGGCUUGCUUAUUUGAACCUCAGAAGCAUGAAUGUGAUUCUUCCAAAGGAAUCUCUUCAUCGUAGUGCUGUGUUUCCUUUUCUUUGCUCAGCUUCCCUGUAACAGUGAGUGGGAUGAGAGAGGAGGGGAGACGUGGUACUUAAAGCAUUCAUAGCCAACUUCCAGCAAGUCUUCGUACAAGAGUGUCACCAGCAUAAUACCAUACCUAAGUUGCUGGGCUCUCACACAGUGCAUAAAGAGGUGGUAGGUCUUAUGUUCAUGGCUGCUGUGCUGUAAACAGCUGUGCUUUAUUGGCUUGUCUCUCUCCUGAUCUCAGCGAAGCUUUCCCUCUGCAAUUCAGCAGUGCGCAGGGCUGCUCUGACAAACUUAAAGUCUGAGUGGAUUUAACAACCUCUUUAAUCCUUGUGUUUUGCUCCCUGCCAGCAACUGCCCUGGAGAGCCUGAAACCUUCAGGCAUUUGUCUUUCCCUGUUAACUGUACAUGCUUUCAGACCAGGACAGCUGAGGGGUUUGGGCUGUUGCUCUGGCAGAACUGAGGCCAGUGUCUUGCACAGUUGGGCGCAGUUAUCCUGCCACUUCUCUAGGUGCUGCUGGAGCCUUCCCUGAAGUGCCUUUUUGGCAAACCAUGGCAGAGGGCAGGUGACCGGACCCGCUCAGGGCUUUGUGACCGAGUGACGUGCGAGUGGAAGGUCCUACGUCCAGUGAUGUUGGCCCAGCUUUCUCCCGUACCCUACAAAACUGCCAUUCUGUUUUCUGUGCAGUUGUCUACUGAGGAGUAUCUUAGUCCUUUCUGUUAUCUUGUCCUAGCUGUGUGCUCUGCCCAUCUUGCCUUCCUGACUUAGCUGUGCUUAAAUCUCUUUCCACACUGUUAAAGGCUCCAUCCAUGCCUUUCCUGGUCUGUAUUUCGGUUUGGUAGGCGAGUGAUUCAAGCACGUAAUAAUUCAGCUGAGCUCUUGAGGGGGUGUUGGAAGUCUUUGACAACGUCUGUUGAUAACGUUGUGGAGUAGAAAGAUUCUCAAGUGAAUUACCUGGAUCAAGGAACAUCUUCUGGGUCAAUGCAUGAACUGAGAUCACAGCCAGCUUUUGCCAGGGGCAAGAAAAGUUUUCUGAAACAACAGGGGACCUGCUGGAGUCACUAAACCCAGACAAAAGCCGCGUGUGUGAAAUGCACUUACUGACAGGAUUAAUACUCAGGCUUUUAAGUACUAAAAUCUCCCUUACCACUGACGUCAGACUGCCAGCAUGCCUGACAGGAGAUGGAAUAGCUGAUCGUGCUUCUCUGCCCAAAGCCGUGGCACCCGCUGGGGAGUUCGCAAGUGUUUUUAGCAUAGGUAGUUCCACUAAGCCAUCUCCUGUCUUGUGUUUCCACAACAUGAUGCUGUCCACGCGUUUGCUGUCCAGGUGCAGGCGCCAGCUCUGAUAAUCAGGCUGUGCUGCGCUUGGGAUGCAGAAAUCGCAACAUUGGUCUCAGGCUGGUAGAGCUCUGCUCUUGCCUUACAGCAAAAUCUCGUCCCUUUCUAUCACUAAAUUCGAGUGCAGAGCCCUCCUCUCUGAACUCCACUGGCAUCUGCUAGCAGCACGUUGGGGCUCCUUGCUUGGGCAUGUGUCAUAUCAUAUUUUUUUGAAAGUUUAUUUUUGUGACUAUAAAUUUGCCUACAGACAACCCACUUAAUCUAACCCCUGUUUUCUCUUCAACAUGUUUUAGCUCUGGAAUUUAUACUUGCAUCUCAGCUUUUUAAAAGAUUGUGUAUGUAAAUAUAUAAUAUAUUUUUACAUUGGUUAUGCUUUGUUUGCACGCUUGGUGUAAGAUUUGGUCCUGUAGCGGGAUGAUGUAAUUCACAGUGGGGUUCAUUUGCGUGUAUCCCAGUGUCUCAUUGUACUAAACUACACUGUGUAACUUGUAUGUGACACCACAGUAAGAGCGGAAAUAGAGUUUCCUUUCUCACCAAA